CAACAAAAAGCAACAAAAGUGCCAUAUGCAACCGAUAAGACUGUGUGAAUGGUCAAGUGGUCAUCAUUGAAGCAUUGAAGCGAUUCUCUCUUCCGCAUGUGUGUGAGUGACUGAGUGCGUGUGUGUGUGUUAGUGGGAGAAGAAGAGCGAGUGAGCGAGAGAGAGACAGAGAGAAAGCAAGAGAGAGAGAGAAAGAGAGCGAGAGACAGCAUCAGAAUGACGAAUCCCCGCUGUGAAAUUCAAGUGAGCGCCAGAUCCAAGACCACACGAGAUCGGUUCCUCACCCACAUCGACUUGAAUUGAUCGCGCACUGAGAGCACCCUCCGGAAUCAGGAGCCAGGAUCUAGGAGAUAUCAGAAAUCAAGAAGGAGGAGCAGCAUUCUCCGCCAGCCAUCUAUCCAUCAGCUGACAACUGUCAGCCGUCAGCACCUGUCAGUUGUCAGUGCAACGCAGCGUCCAGUGCAGGAGGCCAGCUGUCAGCGGAAGUGAGCGUGAAAGGAAAGGGGAAACUGGGGAGCGGAAGGACACCGGGGCCAGCAAAACGGGACAGCAGGAACGGGAACGGGAACGGGAACAGGAGCAGGAGCAGGCGAGGAUUGGGCAGCGCGACGCGUAGCGUCUAGGCGGCAAAAUGCCUGGCGGACGACGUGGACUGGUUGCGCCGCAGAACACAUUCCUCGAGAACAUCAUCCGGCGCUCCAACUCUCAGCCGGACAGCUCGUUUCUUUUGGCUAACGCACAAAUCGUCGAUUUCCCGAUCGUCUACUGCAAUGAGUCCUUCUGCAAGAUCAGCGGCUAUAACCGUGCCGAGGUCAUGCAGAAGUCGUGCAGAUGCGGCUUCAUGUAUGGCGAGCUGACAGACAAGGAGACGGUGGGACGGCUGGAGUACACGCUGGAGAACCAGCAGCAGGAUCAAUUCGAGAUUUUGCUCUACAAGAAGAACAAAACCCCAUUAUGGCUGCUGCUACAGGUCGCACCCAUACGGAACGAACGCGACCUGGUGGUGCUCUUCCUGCUGACCUUCCGGGACAUCACGGCCCUCAAGCAGCCCAUCGACAGCGAGGACACCAAGGGAGGUCUCUCGAAGUUCGCCAAGUUGGCAAGAUCGGUGACCCGGAGUCGCCAGUUCAGCGCCCAUCUGCCCACACUGAAGGAUCCCACGAAGCAGUCCAAUCUGGCGCACAUGAUGUCCUUAAGCGCGGAUAUCAUGCCACAGUACCGGCAGGAAGCGCCCAAAACGCCGCCACACAUACUCCUGCAUUAUUGUGCAUUUAAGGCCAUUUGGGACUGGGUGAUAUUGUGUUUAACAUUUUAUACAGCCAUCAUGGUGCCAUACAAUGUAGCGUUUAAAAACAAAACCUCAGAGGAUGUUUCCCUGCUCGUGGUCGAUUCAAUAGUCGACGUUAUAUUCUUUAUAGAUAUUGUUUUAAACUUCCAUACAACGUUCGUGGGUCCCGGUGGCGAGGUUGUCAGUGACCCCAAGGUGAUCCGAAUGAACUACCUAAAGUCGUGGUUCAUUAUCGACCUGCUGAGCUGCCUGCCGUACGACGUGUUCAAUGCGUUCGAUCGGGAUGAGGACGGUAUCGGUUCCCUGUUCAGUGCCCUCAAGGUCGUCCGCCUUCUGCGUCUGGGGAGGGUGGUGCGAAAACUGGACCGCUACCUGGAGUACGGUGCGGCGAUGCUGAUCCUGCUGCUCUGCUUCUACAUGCUGGUGGCCCAUUGGCUAGCCUGCAUAUGGUACUCGAUUGGUCGCAGCGAUGCGGAUAAUGGGAUCCAGUACAGCUGGCUGUGGAAGCUGGCGAAUGUCACCCAGUCACCGUACUCGUAUAUAUGGAGUAAUGACACCGGGCCAGAGUUGGUCAAUGGGCCGUCACGAAAAAGCAUGUACGUGACGGCCCUAUAUUUCACCAUGACCUGCAUGACCUCGGUGGGCUUCGGCAAUGUCGCCGCGGAGACAGACAACGAGAAGGUGUUCACCAUCUGCAUGAUGAUCAUUGCAGCUCUGCUGUAUGCCACGAUCUUUGGCCACGUUACCACUAUUAUCCAGCAGAUGACGUCAGCCACGGCCAAGUACCACGACAUGCUGAACAAUGUGCGCGAGUUCAUGAAGCUGCACGAGGUGCCGAAGGCUCUCAGCGAAAGAGUGAUGGACUAUGUCGUCUCCACCUGGGCCAUGACCAAGGGUCUGGAUACGGAGAAGGUACUAAACUAUUGUCCGAAAGAUAUGAAGGCUGACAUAUGUGUUCAUCUAAAUCGCAAAGUAUUUAACGAGCAUCCGGCAUUUCGUCUGGCCUCGGAUGGUUGUCUCCGGGCACUGGCGAUGCACUUCAUGAUGUCGCACUCGGCGCCGGGGGAUCUGCUCUAUCACACCGGCGAGAGCAUCGAUAGCCUAUGCUUCAUCGUCACCGGCAGCCUGGAGGUGAUACAAGACGACGAGGUUGUGGCAAUAUUGGGCAAGGGCGACGUCUUCGGCGAUCAAUUCUGGAAGGACUCGGCCGUUGGCCAGAGUGCGGCCAAUGUGCGUGCUCUGACCUAUUGUGAUUUGCAUGCCAUCAAACGUGAUAAAUUGCUCGAAGUCCUCGAUUUUUAUUCGGCAUUUGCGAAUAGCUUUGCACGCAAUCUGGUGCUCACCUACAAUCUCAGACAUCGACUGAUUUUUCGCAAGGUGGCCGAUGUGAAGCGCGAAAAAGAAUUGGCCGAACGGCGUAAGAACGAGCCGCAAUUGCCCCAGAAUCAGGACCAUCUUGUCCGGAAGAUCUUCUCCAAAUUCCGUCGCACUCCGCAGGUCCAAGCGGGCAGUAAGGAGCUCGUCGGCGGAUCCGGCCAAAGUGAUGUCGAGAAGGGUGACGGCGAGGUGGAGCGAACUAAGAAGCUACCAGCCAAACUGACACUGACCGAGGACGCUCGCAUCCUCAGCACCGCCGCGGCGCCCUCGCCAUCGCCAUCCCCAUCGCCCUCAUCGGGUCCACCAUCUGCGCGCAGUACACGGGCCAGCAAGUGGGGACGCCUCCUGGGCAGUUCAAGCGUCGAUUCAGCUAGCGACACCAGCGCCAAGGUAGCCGUCUCGAGAAGUUUGAGCGCCCGCGAAAGCCUCCGAGAGAGCACCGCCCAAGCGCGGCAGAGUAGUACUUCGAGUAGCAAUGGUGGACAAGGCAACAAACAUUUACAAUUAAGCAAAGUUUUUCCCAAGGCGCCCAAGCUGCAGGCUAGCCAGGCGACUCUGGCCCGCCAGGACACCAUCGACGAGGGUGGCGAGGUGGACUCCUCGCCGCCAAGUCGCGACAGUCGCGUGGUCAUCGAGGGUGCAGCCUCGGCCACCGUGGGACCAUCGCCGCCAGUGGCCGCCACAUCCACGGCGUCGGCGGGAGCAGCUUCUGGAGUAACUGGAGCACCAGGAAGUGGAGCCACUGUGGUGGCCAUUGUCACCAAAGGGGAUCGCAAUCUGGCCUUGGAGCGGGAGCGCCAAAUCGAGAUGGCCAGCUCGAGGGCCACCACAUCGGAUACCUACGAUACUGGGCUGCGCGAGACGCCGCCCACGCUGGCGCAGCGCGAUCUCAUCGCCACCGUGCUGGACAUGAAGGUGGAUGUGCGGCUGGAGCUGCAGCGCAUGCAGCAGCGAAUUGGCCGCAUCGAGGAUCUGCUGGGCGAGCUGGUCAAGCGGCUGGCACCAGGUGCCGGUACCGGUGCCACCGCUCCGGAUAACAGCAGUGGCCAGACCACGCCCGGCGACGAGAUUUGCGCGGGCUGCGGCGCGGGCGGCGGCACACCCACAACACCGGCCCCCCCAACAUCUGUGGUAACCAGCCCAGUGGACACUGUGAUAACCAUUUCAUCGCCAGGAGCAUCAGUAUCGGGAUCGGGAUCGGGAGCAGGAGCAGGAGUAGCUGGCGCUGGUGGCGCUGGUCUGCUAAAUCCGGGCGCCACAGUUGUGUCGAGCGCGGGAGGCAACGGCCUGGGGCCACUGAUGCUCAAGAAGCGACGCUCGAAGAGCAGGAAAGCACCGGCGCCUCCUAAGCAGACACUCGCCUCGACGGCCGGCACCGCGACCGCAGCUCCAGCGGGCGUUGCCGGAUCUGGUAUGACGUCAUCGGCGCCAGCGUCAGCGGAUCAGCAGCAACAGCAACUGGCGGCGGAUCAAUCGCCCACAACGCCUGGAGCGGAACUACUGCAUCUGCGCCUGCUCGAGGAGGACUUUACGGCGGCCCAACUGCCAUCGGCACCGUCUGGUGGCGCCGGAGGAGCUGGAGGAUCCGGCUCCGGUGCCACGCCCACAACACCGCCACCGGCCACAACGGGGGGCAGUGGAAGCGGCACGCCCACCAGCACCACAGCCACGACCACACCCACAGGCAGCGGUACAACAAUGCGCGGCAAGCUGGACUUCCUGUAGCCCACGACGAUCGGAAAGGAGCGCAGAGGGGAGGAGCCGGUAUCCAGCCAGGAGCAAUAAUACAAAAUCGGGGAGUAGGGGCCCAGCCACGCCCACUCGCAAGCCUACGCCUACGCUUAGUUAGUCUAAAUACUUAAGAUACAGCUGUAACCUCAACUCAACACUGAAACUAGCUCAUCUAUCUCAAACACUUGAAAGUCCACUGCAAAGUAUUUAUCCAAAGAUUACGGAAAGCUUUCCACUAGGAGUAGUUGAAAUGCCGUUUUGAAAAUCCGAUUUUUAAAUGUUCAAAUCUCUGUGUACAAAACAAACAUCUAAAUACUCAUAUUAUUGAACACAGUCGAUUUAGGAUUGCAAUUGUUUGAAUUUAAUUAAUUGAUAUUUCAUUUGAAGGUUAGAUAACAUAGCUUGAAAAUAAUUCUCUACAUAUAUAUAUCAUUUACUUAAAUGUGAGUAGUAUUCAAAUACUUAUUUCGUAGUACCUAAAAGCUUUCUGGUGAUAUUCUCAAACCUGUUUAAUAUAUCAUUACCUACGAUUAUGAUAUUUUUUACUAAGUUAUCGUUAAUUGAACAUUUUUUUAAAUUAGAUAGGAAAAACGUGUUUUGGAUGAAAAUCUUACUUUUUUGUUGCAUAGAUCUCGGCCUAGUGAUAUCCCUGUCUCUCACAAACACACACACAAACACACACACACACUCUGAAUGGAAGUGCUCGAUACUCGAUAUUCACAACUCUAUAACCGUUACAUGAUUAUGAUUAUGACUAUGAUUACGGUAGCGUUAGCCAUAAUGAUAACGAUUACGAUUAGGGCAAGCAUAUUGCUUACGAAUUUGCUACAUUUACUGCAAUAAUUUACCUUUUUAUGUAUACACAUAUAUACAAACGUUGUAAAGGACACACAGACAGAGACACACUCCCAUUUAUAUAUAUGUAUAUAUAUAUAGCUGUAUGUAUAUAUGGAUAAUUUUGUGAUAACUGCUAAAGGAGGCAAAGAACCAGAAGAAUAAGCUUACAAACCGAAACAUGCCCGCGAAUUGUACAUAGCCUAAACUAAAGCCUAACUAUAGAAAGGACCCAACAGGGAUCCCAUCCACACACACACACACGCGCACUCACUCACUCACUCACAGAUACCAAGCUAACGAACAAAGUGUAAAUAGAUACAUGUAUGGAUAUAGCCCGUCCUAACUAACUAAACUAACUAACUUAACGAAACUCGGCUUGAGCACUCGGCACUCGCACUCGCUUGGCUCCCUAUAUGGUAGGCUUAUAGUCUCGAAAACGAUAACGAAAACUCAACUCAACCAAAUAGUUUACUCAGCAACAGUAAAGCUUAAGUAAAACCAAAAAGAUAUAGACAGCAGAUAUGUGGCCGCUAAACGAAACGACAAUCGACAGACCUAAGAAAGAAAAAAUUUAAAAAAUACUAAGACCCAACAAAAAAAUUAAGAUGGAAAUAGCAUAAUCUGUAGUUACAAGCAAGGAUCAAAUAUGAUUUCUUCGGGCAUUGUAAAUACUUGAAUUAAAAUUAGCAAAAUAUGUUACCACACGCCACUCACCAACACUAACCAACAAACAAAACCUACACACAUAUUUUGUGAUAAAAAAAAGACAUUAGCUAAUGAAAAACGAAACUAUUUGAAAAGUUUAGACAAAAAAAUGAACCUAGAUAUUUGUUUAUGCUGGCAUUUGAUAGGCUUGCACUUGGCAUAUAGUUUAUACCGGAGUAAUACGAGAUGUACUCUUCGGUUUGGUUAAGCAGGAGAUUGAGGAAUAUGAGGAGUACGAUUAUCCUUGGGCAGUUUAUAGGCAAGGUUUCAUUACGUUUAAGUCGCCAGAGACAUAGCAUCCGUCAGUUGGAGUCCACUUGAAUCUCGUUCGGUUACCGUUUUGAUUACCUAGUUGGUAUAUGAUAAUUAUUCGAUAUAUUCGAUAUUUGAUAUUUGAUACCUAUGAUACCUAGCGUAGAGAGAGGGCAGAACCGGAAGACCCGACUACGGAUACUUGCAUACAUACGAACUGUCUUCCCUGUAUAGUUGGGGGAGUUAGGAGGGGUGGGGCCUGCAUAAGCGGGAUUCGGAGUUCGGGUUUCGGGGUUCUGUCCGCGAAAGUUACUUAGUUCUAGUUGUAGAUUUUUUCAAUUCCCAUUCCCAAGAGGGCGCCAGCCCAUCCCCGUUUAACCAAAUUAAACCAAAAAGCAAUUCAAGUGGUAUUAAACCUGAGUAACCAACACUCAAUCAGAGCGGUCAGUCACUAACACCCACUCCCUUUGCAUAUACGUAUUUCCAAUACUCAACAAAGAAUCAAAAGUUAAUGGAUAGCGGAAUAAACAUUUGUUGCAUAUGUUUAGGCUUUAAGUUCUAGUUGAAAGUUUAAAGAAUGUAGCGGGCUCACUGUAAAUAGGUUUUUUUUAAUAACAUUAAAUCAAAUAUACCUAAACAUAAAUAUAUAUAAAACUAAUUAGUAACGAAUAAUUAGGCAGCAAACCAACUGAGUAAGGAAAGCUAAGACGCACUAGGCCGCAAAUGGGAAGCGAUAAGACGCAGGUUUACCGAAAGUCCUCAUAUGAAGAUACGAUAGCACUGAUACGAUAGCAGUUUAGUAUUCAUACUGGUUCUCGAGCUCAUAUUGUUUGACCCUAUCUCUCGCCAAUCUCUCUCUCUCUCUCUCACUCAC